AUGUCGUCGCUCUCUCAAAGCCCCCAGUAUUACCCCAACUUAACACACGCAAGCGGCGAGGGGCCCCCAUCACUCUUCACUCGCGGAAAGGAGGCAAGCGGCAGGCUCCGCGGUUCGAGUGUGUGUCUCCCAAGUGCAUCCUUUUCUCAGUCGCCUUCUUCUGGAGCAUCCACGGGUGGCCCCUCCGGGGGCCUUUCCACAGGCUUCUCCGGGGCGCCUUCUGCAAGUGAGGGCCACCUGGGCCACUUGCUGUACUCAAUCGCUCUAGCGCGGAAUGACAGGUCUCGGGUGUCUGCGCUGUUGACUCUGGAGGCUAAUUGUGUGUCGCUUCUUUCGGACACACAACGCCUACAUGCGGCCUUCACUGCCUUGGACGCUAUUGUCUGCAAUGCCGUGCCGUUCACCCUUAAGACGGGGGGCUCAAGAAGAAAAACUUCUCAGGGAGGGGGAGUCUCAGCAAAGCCAGCAAAAAAUGCAGCGAAUGCGGGCCCGCCGAAAAAGGGGGACUCUACAGGAGCCCCCGCCGCAGGCAGCAGUUCAUAUGAGCUGCAAGGGGGCCCCCCAAGCGGCCCCGUCGGACAGCCAGCGGCGGGGAAUGGCAUAAGUAGCUCUCAGGGGAGAGAAGUAGCAGCAACAGCAGCAGCAGAAGCACAAGUCGCAGGAGCAACAGCAGCACCAGAAGCGGCUGGCUUGGCUGCAGCUGCGACCCCAGCAGCAAGGCCAGACCUUCUUGAGCUUCCCCAGCGAUGGCAGCCGCAGCAGAAGCGGAGGGGAGAAGAGCUUGCCAUUCCCGGGCCCGAGUCGCCAGAAGCUGCUAGUCCAGGGCACCCACUCACCUGCAGCAGCGACUCAGUGGCAUCUGCUUCUCCCCCUGAGCCGGCCUCUCCCCCUCCGGAUAUUCCAAGCAGCAGCAACAGCAGCAGCAGUAUGAACAACACCAAGAGCUUAACAGCUAGUCGCCCUCCGUGCCCGCCUCGCGUCUCCUCGUCCGAGUCUUAUGUGGUGGUUCGCCGCCCCUUUUCAGUGUUGUCUCGUCUGCUGUCCCUGCAGGUCUGGGUCUCCAUCGCAGUGACCCUUGACUGCUUUCUCGUCGCCCCCAAGUGGCUGCAGCGCCUUGUGGGGUUGCUGCAUGCGCUCGCCAGGAGCGGCGGGACCACGGCGGACCAGCCCAUCCGAGCGACUGCUUGCAGCUGCUUGGAGGAGCUGGAGCUGUCUCACCCAGGACUAGCGCCGCUCAUGAAGCGGAAUUUAGCGCCUUGGGCAAGCAGGGGUUCGCAGCAGCAAGUUAAGCCGUGUGCAAGUAUAGCUGCGAGGUUAAAAGGGAAGGGAGAUGAACUGAGAGUUAAGUUCGGCCCACGAACUUCAGCUGGUGCUGCAGUGUCUCUACAGUCCCUGGCUGCGGCUGCUGCGGCGUCUGAUUACCUCUUUGCAGGGCUGCUUUUUCCUCUGUUGGGGCCGGAGGGCUUGGAAGGUCCUCUCAGCGCUUCUGCCGCGGGCACUUUCGAGCUCUGCCGCUCACUUUGCCUCUGGGGGCCCCAGGGGCCCCCUAAGGGGCCCCUCUUCCUUGUGGAUCUUCUCCAGAGGGAAGCGCAACUCGGGGGAGAGGCUUGUGCCGUUCUGCUGCUGCGCUGCAUGCGCCACCUUUGUGAAAAUGUAAUUUGUGAGGGACAGAUCACAACGGAAGAGACGCAGGAGGAACGAACAGAGGGCACAAGCCGUGUUGAAGGGGAAGGGCCUUCUGAAGGCCCUUGUGCGCAUUUAGACAUCAGCCCUGAAGGCACCGCGGAUCUUAGCAGCAGGGGUGUGAGUGGGGACCGGCAAAUGCUCAAAUUCAGUCUGGAGCCUGACACCAAUGGGACACACACAGAAAGGCCUCCAGAAGGCCCUUUAGGACAAACGCCAACAAAAGGAGGGGAAAUUCCGCAGAUGGCUUUGCAUUACAGAAUCCCUUCGAUCGGCGUAUCCGCCGUGCCUCUUCCCGCUAUAACUCUCAGCAGCAGCAGGGGCAGCACCAGCUCGAGGCCACCGCGGCUGGUGCGGUCUUUGACUCUCUUCUUAAAGAAGGCGCUUGCUUUGGUCCUGGAGGGGCUGUGGGGCUACGGGGAUUGGGCGCAGGCGUCCGUAUGCAUGCAGCUUGCCUUCUUCUCUCGCCUUCUCUGCCUACCUGCCUUUUCAUCAGUUAAUGUCUUGCUUCCGUUUCUCUUCUCAUCUCGUCUACACCUCAUCCAUGCGUGGGCACUCCUCGUUGAGGCCCUGGGACCCCCAUCCGCAGGCUGCGGCCAGUGCCCCCAAAGGGCGCGUUGCCCCUUCACCAAAGCAGUUGGUCCCCACGCAGCUCUGCUAGAAGAGAGACUCAGGGGACUACUGCAAGACCAAACGCUUAGCCCACACGAUCGCGUUCUCUGCAUCAGGUGGUACAUGGCUUUAAUGCAGCAUCCUGAUUUUUCAGCGGCAUUUUCUUCGGCCUCCCCCUCCGUAUUUUGCCCGUCAGCAGCUGACCCGCCUUCUGUGAAGGAGCACCUGCUGCAAGCUUUGUUGCUGCGCUGCAGCAGCCGCAGCAGCACCAGAAAAGGCUCGCCAGCAAACCUAUACGAUGUCUGUGGAGUCAUGUACGAGUUCAGAUGCGUCCGAAAAGCCCCGGAAAUUCAUGCUGUAGUUUUUAGGUUCCUGCUAAGGAGCGUUCUCAUGCCUCAUCUCUACAGCCCUCAGUUGCAGGUGUUUCUCUGCGAGCACCUCAGGUGCCACCCUGUAGAGCUCGGGCCAAGCGUAUUGCUGCUGCUACACCAUGCCUCCCGCGCUGCUGCAGCUACUGCUGCAGCUGCGUGCAAGGGACCCCGUCUCAGCGGCCGGUGUUUGUGGACUAUCACGCUUUCUUCAGUCUGCGAGUCUCUGUUGCUUCCUCUUGUAUACUUUCUUGAGACUGUUGAGCCCGCCGAGGACUUAGUUUGUUUUUCUCCCUUGAUUUUUGAGCUAUCGGUUUACCCAAUGAUUCCGCCGCAGCGACUUUUGCCCCUCCUCAGACGCCUGAGUCUUACAGCUACUGCAGCAGAUAAAGGAGACAGUUCCCGCAGCUGGCAUGCUGCUCUUUGUGUCCUCGCGCUGCUGUUGACCCACAGGGGGAGCACUGAAGUUAGAGACGGCGUCGGAGAGUUUCUUCAGACGAUCUCUCUGGGCCCUGGGGAGUUGGAUACCCGGCAAGAAGCUGAGCUUCUGCUGCGAGCACUUAACAACGCCAGCGCCAAUGCACUCAUGGCGCUGCUGACCCCACAGGGAGGCGAACCAGAGCCACUCGUCGAGCGCUAUCUUUCUCAUGUCUCCCCGCCACAGUUCCGGUGA